AAAACCGUUGCCUAGCAACUAUAGCUUGUUUGAUUGACGAUGAAAUCGUUGCGUUUUUCAUUAUUUAUUAAAGAUAGGUGAUUAUUGAUUAUUACUUUUGUUCUUUUGUUGUAUUAACACUGUUACGCAGAAACGAAGGCGCAAAACACUAUAGCCAUGAAUUAUGAUUUGGCUUCAAACGAAAACAGCUUAUCCACUAAGGAGUUUUUACAAUUCGAGAAAACUUGCGAAGCUUACAAAGACAGUGAUGAAGAAAUAAAAAUGAUAUUUAGUGAAAUAAAUAAGUUAUCAGCUGGGAAUACCAAUGAUAAAAUCAUAGGGGAUGAUGUGGAGGAUGUCGAAUUAAUUUUAAAAAGGGCUGAAGAUAUUGCUUUAGAAACGGAAAAUUUGUUGAAGAGUAGUCCAAUUGCGAAUGCAGUUAGCCCUAGCAAAAGCCAAAUAGCAGUAAUACCUCAGAUAAAAGUUACAAAUGUGAGUGACACUGGGUCUGUUGUGGCAGAAAGCAAGGCAUCCCCAAGUAAGAUAAACCAACAUGUUAAGCAAAAUGGCAAAGAAAAUAUUGACAUACGUCGCAAACCUAAAUCGAGGCCUUAUUCUGCCGGAGUUGUGGAUGGGAAAAGGAGGGAAAGUACUAAAAUUGCUAGAUUUACUGCGAAUUCACCCAAGAAAACAAAUGUUUGUAGACAUGAAGGUUUAGUAGAAGAACUUAAAGAUGUCAAUGAAAGAGCGAAGGGCCUAGAGUUACAAAACAUACAUUUAAACGAAGACAAUAAAGCAUUACGGCAUAAAUUAGAUCGCAUCAGUGAAGAAAAGCGUAUAGUUGAUUUAAAACUCGUAGAAUGUGAAAAAUUUGUUAAUAGACUUGGUAAAGAAUACGAAAAUAGAAAUACAGAGUUAAAGACUGUUAAAGAAAACGAAAAUAAACUUAUAGCUGAACUGAAUAAAGAAAGAAAUGACAGGAAGAAUUUAAGUAUUCAACGUGAUAAAGAUACUGUUAUUAUACAAGAUCUACAAAGGCAAGUCAAAGAAAUGGAGAUGAUCUUAAAAAGGAAGCAUCCUGAUUCUGUAUCUGCACUUAUAGUUGCGUCGAAAUCCUCUACUGUGGAAGACAAUAAGAAGAAACUAUUAGAAGAUCGUAUAGCUCGUUUAGAUCAAGAACUUAAAGAUAAGGAAGAACAUUUUCAGGGUAUAUUAUUAACUUUGCAAGAAAAGUUUUGUGAUAUGAAACAAAAGUAUGAAAACCAUAUAAUUGAUGUAGAAAGGCAAUUAAUGGAGGAUCGCAAGGUUAAUUCUGAAUUGAAAAAUAGAAUAAACAAAGCUAAUUUAGUAGAUAGUGGCACACAAACUUUACCAAAGUCGCAACAUACAACAAGUACGCAGACUUUUUUGAAAUCAGAUAGAGCCACUUCGGCUGUCAGUAGGCUGUCCCAAAAUUCAGCAUUGCUUUUGAAUAAGUUAAAAGAAGAUAGUUAUCUCGUGGCAACUAUAAAAGGCUUACAAGCAGAAUUAACGUUAAAGCAAAGAACAAUAGGAAAGAUUAAUCGAGAAACUGAGGAACUUCGAAAGAACUUACGAAAUUUGCAAAAAGAGAAAGAAAUUUUACUUAAUUUGAAUCCUCAAAAGAAAAUAGGAGCGAAGCAGGCAAAAUCGACGGAAAAUAUUCUUGUGCGAAUGAAUAAUGAAAUGGAAACGGAAUUAUCUGAAGUACGAAAACAGAACGAGUGUCUCAUCCAAGAACGAAGCAGUCUGUUGGAUUCUUUGAAGAGAACAAAUGAAGAGUUUAUUAUUUUAAAGAAGAAACGCAUUCAAGAUCUCCACACCCUUCAAGUGGCCCAUGAAAAGGAAUUAAUGCAAAUGAACAUGCAGUUGUAUCCGUUGCAAGAAGAGAUCAAGUUGUUAAAUAGAACGGUAGAGAUUCUUCAAGAACGUGUUAGAACUGCUGAGGAUAAGCUUGUGAUGUAUCAGGGUGGGCCAAAAGGAACGGACGUGCAUGCUGGAGGAGAUAAUCCUAUCAAAAAUGACAAGAAAAAUGCUUCUUAAUUUAGUUUUUAUUUUUAUAUAGGUUCUUGACGUUGAAUUGUAAUAAGUCGAGGUUUAGCAGUUAUGUUUAAAAAUCGUGUACGAUUGCAUUUUUAGUAUAAUUUAAUUUUUAUGGGACCAUGUUUUUUUCGUUUUAGUUUUGGUAAGGUCCCUUGAUAAUAUUGGUACAAAUUAUCGACUGCGUGCUGUCUUAGGGAGUAAGGUUUUGUGAGUGCCUAAUGAAGUUAAAAAAUACAAGUACAUGUAUACAAAAGUUGUGAUUGCUAUUUAUUUAGGAUAAUUACUUAACGCACAAAUGUUUGUAUAAUCUAGUUGCUAUAAGGUAAGGAAUUUGGCCAGUCAAUAUAUAUUCUUGAAAAGGUAUUUUCUACACAUUUAUGAACAACCCACCGAUGCGCAAACGAUUGUUGUGCCUUGAUAUUUGUUAAUUGUAAUAAAUAAGUAUAUUUGUGUAAAAUUGAUUUUCAUUGAACAUUAUCAUACCGUUAAAUUUCGACUAAAAACGGUUACCGAAGAAAUACAUGAUGGUAGUGUGUGACGACAGUUUUUGUGUUUCAAAGAUAUAUUUAAAAACUCAUCUGAAACAUUUGCACUUAUUUAAGAUUCUAGUUGUUCAAACAACAGUAAAAUUAUAUAUUGAAAUUUAUUAAAACCACGCUUGAUAGUCCUUGCC